ACUUUGUUUUGUUUAAUUCUCAUAGUCAUUCAUUGCAGCAGGUAGGAGGCGAGAAAAAAGUUUACUGAAAUACAUCAAGUUUGAUCAUAAAAUCGACGUGAAAUUCUUGUUCAAAUUCAUAACUACCUGCAGGAAUCUUCCAACAACGCCCUGCAAAUACUGUUACGGUGAUAAGUCACAGCUGAUACAGAAUAUCUUGCAGAAGAUCAAACGGUUUACAAAAUGUUCAACGGAUUCAAUAUGAUGUUUCCGGACCAUUCUCGUCCAUUCAAUACCACAUACAAAUGCUAUUCGGUAUCGAUGCUACCCGGAAAUGAACGACAAGAUGUUGAGAAUGGUGGAAAAAUCAUAAUGCCUCCCUCUGCGUUGGACCAGUUGACGAGAUUAAAUGUCGAGUAUCCGAUGCUGUUCAAACUAACGAACAACAAAAUUAACAGAAGCACACACGCUGGCGUGUUGGAGUUUGUGGCCGACGAGGGGAAGAUCUACAUUCCCUACUGGAUGAUGCACAAUCUUCUUCUCGAGGAAGGUGACAUUGUUCAGAUCGAGAGUGUCUCCAUCCCGGUCGCAACGUAUUCGAAAUUUCAGCCCCAGAGCGUUGAGUUCCUCGAUAUUACCAACCCAAAGGCGGUACUCGAGAAUUGUCUGCGGAAUUUCGCAUGCCUCACGACCGGAGAUUUGAUAGCAAUCAAAUACAACAACUGUACAUUCGAGCUGUCCGUGCUGGAAACAAAACCAGGCCCAGCGGUGACUAUUAUCGAGUGUGAUAUGAAUGUAGAGUUUGCGCCGCCGGUCGGUUACACAGAGCCCCAGAAGCGAGUCCAAGAAGAUGAACCGAUGGCGCUUGACCCGGCGGACCUGAUGCCUGAACCGGCUGGGUUCGUCGCCUUCAAGGGAGCCGGAACGCGACUUGACGGUAAGAAAAAGAAAGACAACAGCUCGAACGAGUCGAGUCCCGCACAAAGGACUAAUUAUGUCCGUGGAAUACCGGACUAUGACCAUCCGUUCGGAUUGCUGCGAUUCGAUCGCACGAUGCGGAAGGCCGAGAUGAAUGAGAACAAAGCCGAGGACGACACCUUCAAGGCGUUCCAAGGCGAAGGGUUCAGCCUUAAGAAGAGUCGAAAGUAGUCUCGCGAACAUUUUUUCUCAUCCGAAUUUUUACAAUAUAAUAUGUACUUUGAAUAAACUUAAAAUUUAUGCGUAUAA